AUGAUGGGCAACAUUGGCUCCAGUAGUCGAAACAGUUUAUCUCAGGCCUCCUCAUCUACUUUUUCAAACACUCUCGUUCUUCGGCCAUCGAAAGGAGAAGCGAAGAGAGUCGAUAUGCAGAUUAGCGAUAUCAUCGACUUGGAGAUCCGCGAUAAAGUUGCAGCAAUGCUUCCAUCCUAUCCAUCAUACUCUCUUCUUUAUCUUACUUAUGUACUAGUUAGGAGAAAUGGAAAAUCGGACGCAGCCCGAGAUCUUCUCCACGAUACACGCCAUAAUAGAGAUCAAUAUCUACCGAUCACUUACAUCACAAGUUUGAAGGAAAUCGGGGAUGUUACGAUGCGCGACAAAGUUGAAGGUAUUAUCAAGAUGGUACCGGAAGUGACUAUCUGGUGGGCUUUUUAUGCCUUGCAAAUUUGUGAUGGAUCUGUUGAUCAUGCUAUUGGUUUAUUAUUUGAGGGUGUUGUCGAUGCUUCUAGGGACCCUGCGAUACAGGUAGCUCUUGCAUCUUCUAGGCGUGUCAGUCCGGCAAUCAGUCCUAUGAGCAGACCAGAUGAAAGCUUGUUCAUCGAUUCGUCGUCAGACUUCGAUAGCUCUUUUUUCAGCGACACUAAUGGCAACGAGUCGUCCAAACCCACUUUAUCCUCACCUGAGCUAUUACAACAAACACUAAACAAAUUAUUCGUCGACACUAGCGACGACGACAAAGACCCUAAGUUAGAAGAAGAAGAUACAACUCUGCGUGCCAGCCCUGACUACAGCAACCUGCAAAAGCCACCUAUUGAUAAAGGUAAAGGCGUGGACAAAUCAGACCCGAAGGAUCCUAACUCCGAUUUUGAGAUGAGCAAUAUUCCGCCCUUCAAGGAGAGUCCUCGGUUUAAGAGACACGAGGAACAGAACCGCACUUGCAAGUUUUGUGGGACGGUGCUUAAGAGCUGGUUGGCGCGAACUAGUCACGAGAAAUCAUGUCGUAUGAAGACGAAGUCAAUUUGUGUCAAGUGCAAAAGGGAAGUCUCGAAGUCAAAUAUCAGGAGGCACGAAGCCAGUUGUGACGGCCGUCAAACUUCAAGAUGUGAUGGCCCAGAAUACGAAGUCCGUGGUUCAACAAUAGUGACCGCUUCUCGUGAUAAUUCUCCAGAUUUCGAUUCAUCUGACUCUUACACAGAAGAUCAGCUUCAAAAAGUGAAGGAAAUGCAGCUGUUCCUCCCUCGCCUUUCGUCUGAUAAAUGCAUCGACUCCUUAGCGUUGUGCGAUUAUAAUGUCAAAGAGGCUGUAAAUUUGGAGAGGGAGGCGUUGACUUCGGAUGAAGAAGUUGACGAUCGAGGUUCGUAUAGACGGAAGAAUGAUUCGGGGAAGAGAGGAUCGGGAAGCACAUCGGUUGAGCGUGUCACAAAGAAGGCUCGUAUUCAGAUCGGCGACCGAGAUACAAAUUUAGAGCCCGCGAGCCAGUGGAUUGAAACCACAUUUUCUGACCUUUGUCAAAAUUCGGCUAACCUUACAAUUGUCAAUCUCUCUGACUCGAAAAGUCGUUCAGUUCCGACGAAGCUUCUUUGCGACAACUCGGAAAGCUUAAAGAAUCUGAUUGAUCUCACAGGAGACGAAGAUGUUCCAAAGGAGAUACUUCUGUUGGAUAUCGAGUCACAUUCCUUUGAUGCGCUCAUACAAUAUAUGGCCUGUCGCAACGUCUCAUUUGGUUCUCGAGGAAGCCAAACACAAAAGAUUACUUCAAUCGUAAACUUCAUACUUCUCGCGGAUGAUCUCAAAGUUGCUGGACCAGCGACUACCAUGCUUCCGGUUCUUGAAAGUCUUCUAAAGGAAGAACGAAAGGGACCGUUUCCUUCAACUAUUUUGAAAGGUGACCAUGUAGAAAGGGUCUUUUCGACUCUUGGAGCUAGUCAUCCCAUUUCAAAAUUAUUCGUCAGAGCAUCAAUACGACCAUUUCUCUGUCACAAAAUUGGCAACACUUCCAUCGAAGAGGAGUUUGACGACGACUCCCAAUUCACGCCAGGCGACAUCGAAAUCUAUCGUAACAAGCCAGCGCAUCUUGCAUUCAGGCUGAACAAUGACUUUAAAUCGGCUCUAUUAUUGAAAGUUUUUGAAACUACAAGUACUAGGGAAUAUCGACAAGAAUAUACGCGCAGCAAAACCCCCAAAAAACCCACCACUUGGUUCACCGAUCCGCUUGACGAUAGCCAAUUCACUAUUUAA